AUGGCACCUUCAAGAGGGGCCUCUCACAUCGAAGGUGAUGGCGAUAUCGCUGUACAACAACAGUCCAACUCAGCUCUCGCAAAGGCAAGACGCAACCUCAAAUACCUCAUAUCGCCAACCUCCCCUGGCGCUGAGAAGCCUGCACGGCUCCGCACUAGAGCGUUGUUGCGUACCUUGAGGUACGUUAGUCAAUUCAUCAUCUGGCGACUGGUGCGAUGGGCCAAGUACGUGGCGGUUGGGUCACUUGUGGCUGCGAUAGGAGCCACUGCUAUCGGCGGAGCGGUCUCCGGCGUUGCCUGGCUGGCAGCUCCUCCUACGUUCGGAGCUAGUAUCAUCGCAGCAUCAGUGUGGGGCGUUGGGAAGUUUGUAGCUGGACGACUGCAUAAGAGGUGGGAGAAAGAGGGAGGGGAUGCAGGAGAGGCAAUGAGAGAGCGAGUCGAGGACACCCAAGACGUCAGGGGGGAUGGGUCGUUUGGGAUUGAUAUGGGUCCACGAGCAGCGCCUUGGUGA